AUGGACCUUGUCUUUCUCUGUGUGUUCCUGCCUCUGGUGACUGUGGCAUGGGGCCAGUACAGUGACUAUUACUAUGGUCCCUAUAAUUAUGGAGAUAAUGAUGAAUGGGUCAAUGUGUACCGGCAGGGUUUUAACUUCCAGUGCCCACAUGGGCAGGUGAUCGUGGCCGUCAGAAGUGUUUUCAGCAAGAAGGAAGGCUCUGACAGACUGUGGAACUAUGCCUGCAUGCCAGCAUCCCAGAGCCUCGGUGAGCCGACAGAGUGCUGGUGGGAAGAGAUCAACAGGGCAGGAACCGAAUGGUAUCAAACCUGCUCAAACAAUGGGCUGGUGGCUGGUUUCCAGAGCCAGUAUUUUCCAUCUGUGCUGGACCGUGAAUGGCAAUUUUACUGCUGCCGCUACAGCCGGAGAUGCCCAUAUUCAUGUUGGUUAACAACAGAAUAUCCAGGACACUACGGGGAAGAUAUGGACAUGAUGAUGUACACUUAUGACUAUUACAUCCGUGGGGCAACCACAACUUUCUCUGCUGUGGACAGGGAUCGUCAGUGGAAAUUUAUUGUCUGCAGGAUGACAGACUAUGAUUGCCCAUUUCAAAACGUUUAAAAAGAAGGAAUGUACCCCACUUGGAAAGCUUGAGGACGGACAGGGUGGGAUGAGAGUUAGUCAUUACAGAAGAAGGGCAAUUAGGCUACAAAAAAAGUACCAAGACUCAUCAACUGUCUGCUGAAGAUAUAAUUCUUUCCCUCUGGAGCUAAUAAAUAAAUUGCCAGCCCAUGUGCUUGCAACAGCAAGUUCGGAGGAUGUUUUAAAGCUGCACUGACAGUUGUAUAUCCCAAUAAAAAUUGCUUAAGACAUACAUGUUAAUGAUACACAAUUCUAUGGCAUAUGCAGUUACCUUUCUUAUAUAUACAUAUAGCCAUUCUGAACACAUACAACUUUCUUUCACAUAGCAACUCCAUAUAAAUUGCUUCCCAGCACAGUGACUCUGAAUGAGUUGGAAACAUAAUAUAAGCUUCCCAACAUACACUAGACUUUCCUGUUUUCUGCUUUGUACUUGGAAUCAACCCAGUCAUCCCUACCAGCUUCCCAGCAUCUAGUAGCUGGAAGUGUGCUGAAACGGCACCAGGAGGUCUCUGAUGUAACUGCAUCUGGUGUUACCUGUUACAGACCUCAGUGUAACUCCAUUGCAACAAAGGUCUGCCUACACAGGGAAAUUCCAGGUAUUUACAACACUGGAAGACAUCAAUAUCUCAUAAAAAUGAGAGUAGAUCCAUCAAUAAAAAGAGAAGCCUAA